GAAGCAUGUUGGAAAUGCAGAAGAGUGCGUGAUACGUAAAUAAAUAAAUAAAUAUAUAAAUAUGUAAAUAAAUAAAUAAAAUAAACAACUGAGAGUGUCACCAUGCUGCGUCCUCUACACGGCUUCCACACGAAAGGCGAGUCCACACCAGCUGGCUGAUUUUCCUUCUCAUUUCACAAAUAUUACUCUUUGGAUAGAGGUUUUUAUUUAACCUUCUCUACUGUUGUGCAUGAAUAACACGACGGACUGAAGGCACACAAGUCCGCGUGUGUUUUGGACGUCGAAUGGCACGCACUUGGCACGGAAGGAGAGACCAGGGCAAUGCUUCCACCUCAUGGAAGUACUGAUGAGGCAAUCUAGUGCCUGGACAGGGACCAUCCACAGCAACAGUGCUCACUAGGUCAGAAUGGAAACAGGGCUCAGAACUGCCCCCAGAGCAGAAGAGGAGAAAGAUCCUCCUGCUCAGAGGAUCUUAUCAACAGCAGGUGGUGGUGACUUGGGGCCUGAGUGCUGCAAAUGCAACGGUCUGAUCAACACCCGAAGUGUAAUGGUGGAGACCAAGGAAGGGCGAGUGUCAGUGUACUCUGCCCCACAGUAUCAGGGCCACGCAGUGGUCAAUUAUUCCUCCAAGCAUCCAGGUCAGGACAGAACUGGGACACGGAUUAGUGGGCACCAUCCACAGCUGCUCAACCCCAGUGCCUUGCCCCAGGCUCUGGACCCUUUUUAUAAGCCCAACCUCAUCCUGUACCCUGAAGGAGUACUGAGAGUGUGGGGUGAGGGAAGCGACUGCUGUGAGACCACAUUCAUUGAGGACAUAGCUCCUGCUAACUCCACCACUACAGUUACUAAAGAUGGGCUCAUGCUCACUGACAACAAAUUCCUGGAUUUAUCUAUGGAGGAUACCAAGAUUCAUACACUCUCUUAUGAUGUGGAUGAUGACGAUGAGUUUCAAGAGCUGGAGAGUGAGUACUCAAGUGACUCAGAGAGUGAAGACAACUUCCUGAUGAUGCCCCCGCGAGACCACCUGGGCCUCAGUGUCUUUUCAAUGUUGUGCUGCUUCUGGCCCCUUGGCAUCGCUGCCUUCUACCUGUCUCAUGAGACUAACAAAGCAGUAAAUAAAGGGGAUUUUCACCGUGCCAGCUCCAGCUCCAGACGUGCUCUGUUCCUAGCUGUGCUGUCCAUCACCAUCGGUACAGGCAUCUACGUUGGCGUGGCAGUGGCUCUUAUUGCAUACCUUUCCAAGAACAACCACUUGUAGCCUUGCCUCGCUGCCCAUCUUGCCACUGACUGUGCAUGUGGAUUUACUGUAAGGCCACUUACAGUACUGCACUGAGUAAUGAUCUACACACUCUACAGCACUUUUAUGAAUCACAUGGAAUUAUUGAAUGGAUCCUCAUUUGUAAACAUUAUGACACUGUAAAUCAUGGCAUUCCUUUUUCGUAUUCACUGUUUAUCACAGUGGCAUUUGUGUAGACAUACUGUAGUAAUAGACUUUAAUACCUGUUUACAAGGUGAAAACAUCACUCCGGUUUGAUCAACCAUAGUAUUUAUUGUGCCAAUCUUGUCUUCUGAGCCUUUAGUGUAGUGUUACUUUUCUUCUGUAUGAUGGUGAUGUAUGAAAAACAAUCUAUCUGAAGUGCCACAGUGCUUUGAAGCCUUCUUAUAAAGAGAUACAAUAUUAUAAGGACCAUAAGAAUGGGCUUAUUCAACACUCAAGGGUAAGAUGGACAAAAAGCCAUAUAGAUGGGCUGUAGGACCUGAUUGUGGGCUUUUUUGGUAUAGCAGUAACAUUUUGAUCUGAGAGGGCUGUAAAUAUUUAUGAAUCAUUUUUUUUGUGAGAUAACACAUGAAGUCUUAAAACCAGACCAUAUG